AUUCCGGGGCGGGGCCGCAGCCCCUGGGCGCCUGCGCGCGGUUUCGGUUCGUGCGGCGGCGUGCGGGGCUCGGAGCGGCCUGCGCGGCUCUGUGGCACCAUGGCUCCUGUGCUGAACCUCAACAACGAGGUUGUGAAGAUGAGAAAAGAUGUGAAGAAGGCCAGAGUCCUCACUAUUCGCAGACUAACCAGACACAUCGGGAAACUAAAAUCUAAAAAGGGUUCAGAAGACUUGAAAUUAAAGAACCAAAAACGAGUUGAGAGAUUAAUAGAAGAAAUCCAUGCCAUGAAGGAAAUAAAACCAGAUGAAGUUACCAGACUAGCUCUUAGGACAGAAGUUAAUUUUGAAAGUGUCUGCAAAAAGCCAAACUGUACUGCAGCUGAGCGAGCCAUGGCAAGACUUGCAACACACCCCACCUUGAAGCCCAGAUUUGUUGAGCUUAAAGCUGCUGUAAAAGCUUUUAAGGAUGCAAGAAAGAACCCAGACAAAGCCACUCCUAUGAAGAAGGAUCAGUCAGAAGAACAGCCUAAAUCAGCAAAACAUUCCAAUAACAACUUGGAUGACCAAGCUUGUAAGCGGCCUCAAAAACAGCAAAGAUGUGAACACAAAACAAAACCAGGCAUGAAAGUAGAAACUGAUGAAGUGGUUGAAGAGCUCUGUGAGAGCAAAUCUGAGCAGAAGACUCUGGAAAUGGAGAGAGCAAAUGCUCCAGAGGAACCUUCAUUUCAGGCAGGAAAAAUGCAAACAGUUACUCAAAACAAAGUAGGAAAGAAGCUUGACUAUCAAAAAAGGAAAGAAAAUAUGAGUAUGAACAAAUUAAAUGAAAUAAAAGAAAUAAUUGAUGAUAGUGAUCAAGAGCAUCCCAAUGAAAAGGAAUACUUUGAUGACAGUACUGAAGAGAGGUUUUAUAAUGAGUCAUCAGAUUCUGACAGUGACAGCAAUGAUGAUUUCUUCAUUGGAAAAGUAAAAAAGAAGAAAAAAGUAGCAGCAGUUAAUAAUUUUUCUUCAACAAAAGAAAAGGAUAGUGUUCAGAAAAAUGUAAUGAAAACAGAGAAGAGCAGAGUGUCUGGGACAGCACAGGAUUUGAUCAUGGAAGAGAGAAAGCCACUUGCAAAAGCAAGCAAGCUGGAGUCAGUGUUCUGCAGUUCUUUGUCUACCACCAAUCAGAAAUCUCAGAACAGAAGAAAUUCUAAAGACCAGCCUGUCAAAAAGGAAAGAACAAGUUUUCUUAAAAAUGAAACAAAGCUCAAGAAGAAGAAACCAUUUGCAAAAGCUUCGGGGGAAAUUACAUGCAACACUAAGAAAGCACCUUUGGAGCAGCCUCUUCAUCCUUCAUGGGAAGCAAGCAGGCGACGCAGGGAGCAGAUGUCUCAAAUUACAGCAUUCCAGGGGAAAAAGAUUAAAUUUGAUGACUAGACUAUAUGUAAAUGGAGGUUCUAAAAAAAAAUUUUCUGCAACUGCUGUUUGAACAUCUUUGUUAUACUGUCCAUAACAUUUGCAACCCACAAAAUUGCAACUAUUAUUAAUCUACAAAUUUGCAACUAUUAUUUACCAUCGUAGAACAUCAAGAUUGUUUCAUCCAUUGUUUGUGCUGUCUGUUGAUUAAUGUAUGGCCAUUUGGUGCUGGUUCAUAAGUCCCAUUAUGUAGUGCCACCAUUCAUGAAACAUACCCUGACGUGCAUAAAGGGUUUUUAGGAACAUAAUUUGUGCUCUGUAGGAAUAGUACAGAAUCUUUGGAGGGGGCUUUGUAAGGGGUUUUUUUUGUAUGUAAAAAAAUUUACUUUAUAUGAGAGUUUGGUUGUCAAAAGAAAGGUUCUAUAUUGUAUCUCAACUAAGACAAAGUAAAAGAUUCUUAAACUUGAAGACUUCAUAAAUUCAUCAGUGUAUCGGGUAGCUGGAAAAGUCAAUGUGUUUUAAGCAUAAUAUGGAAAUUUCUGGAGAGAAUAAAAUAUUGUUCUUUUAAAUUG